AUGGGUUGCGGAAUGAGCACAGAGGAGAAGGAGGGCAAGGCCCGGAAUGAGGAGAUUGAGAACCAGCUCAAGCGCGACAAGAUGAUGCAGCGAAACGAGAUCAAGAUGCUUCUGCUCGGUGCUGGUGAAUCUGGAAAGUCAACCAUCCUGAAGCAGAUGAAGCUCAUUCAUGAGGGUGGCUACUCGCGCGACGAGCGGGAAUCCUUCAAGGAAAUCAUCUUCAGCAACACCGUGCAGUCAAUGCGUGUUAUCCUUGAGGCUAUGGAGUCUCUCGAGCUUCCGCUUGAGGACCAGCGCAUGGAGUACCACGUUCAGACCAUCUUCAUGCAACCCGCUCAAAUCGAAGGCGACGUCCUCCCCCCUGAGGUUGGCAGCGCCAUCGAGGCUUUGUGGAAGGAUCGUGGUGUGCAAGAAUGUUUUAAGCGAUCUCGCGAGUACCAGCUUAACGACUCAGCCCGAUACUACUUCGACAACAUUGCACGCAUCGCUGCUCCUGAUUACAUGCCAAACGACCAGGAUGUCCUUCGAUCUCGUGUCAAGACCACCGGUAUUACUGAGACCACAUUCAUCAUCGGCGACCUCACAUACAGAAUGUUCGACGUCGGUGGUCAAAGAUCUGAGCGAAAGAAGUGGAUUCACUGCUUCGAAAACGUUACCACCAUUCUUUUCCUGGUUGCCAUCUCCGAGUACGAUCAGCUCCUGUUUGAGGAUGAGACUGUCAACCGAAUGCAGGAGGCUCUUACUCUCUUCGACUCCAUCUGCAACUCAAGGUGGUUCAUCAAGACAUCGAUCAUUCUUUUCCUCAACAAGAUCGAUCGUUUCAAGGAGAAGCUGCCUGUCAGCCCCAUGAAGAACUACUUCCCCGACUACGAGGGCGGUGACGACUAUGCCGCGGCUUGCGAUUACAUCCUCAACCGUUUCGUCAGCUUGAACCAACACGAGACCAAGCAGAUCUAUACCCAUUUCACCUGCGCAACCGAUACCACUCAGAUCCGCUUCGUCAUGGCGGCUGUCAACGAUAUCAUCAUCCAAGAGAACCUGCGUCUCUGUGGUCUUAUCUAA